AUGUCUCAAAGCAAUUUGCUUAAACACCAAGGGUCGGGAUCACAAAGUUCGGUCUCUCAGAAGAGAAUGAGAAUCACGGUGCCACAUUUCGACAACACCAAGUUGAUCGAAGCCUAUGCAAAAACACUGAUUGGUCUAUGCAUGAAUCUCCAAAUGCAAGAUAUGAAAGCACUCUUGUACAUGCUACCAAGGAUAUGGAAGAUGGAGGAUAGAGUUGCGGGUGCUGACCUGGGUCUUGGUCGAUUUCAAUCUGAUUUCGACAGAGAGGAGGACAUCAAAGAGGUUAUGAAGAUGGAGCCAUUUCAUUUUGACUAUUGGAUGCUGUCAUUAGUGAGGUUGUCACCCAUUGUGGAUCCAAGUUACCCAUCGCAGAUCAAGUUCUGGGUCAGGGUCAUCGGAGUUCCACUUCAUUUCUGGGCGGAUCUAACUUUUCGCACCAUUGGGAAAGGGAUUGGGGAUGUCAAAGCAGUGAACCUAGAUGAAGGGAAAAUUCAGGUUGUCAUCGAUGGCUUCAAGCCAUUGUGCUUUGAGACACUGGUGGAAUUCCAUAGCGGUGAAGAGACAACAGUCUACUUGAGGUAUGAAAGGCUAUUUGGAUUUUGUCGGAUAUGCCUCAGUUUAUGUCAUGACCAGCAAAAGUGCCCUACAAAUGCGGUUUUUGGCGAACAAAAAUCAGGAGAGGAUCGAUUUGAUGACCCACAGCAAGGGACUGGUGGAGCAUCUUACAAAACGGCGGUGACCUAUGGAAGUAAAGGAACUAAGGAUGCAGGCAAAAAUGGAAGUUACGGGGUUUCUAGCUACAAUCAGUACAAAGGAAAAAGGAAGAACUAUGAGGCCAAAGAAGAGGAAAAAUCAAAUCAUGCGGAAGAGGGAAAUACACAAAGGAAAGGGAGAAUGGAGUGGAGGUAUAAUGAGGGAUAUAACCGAUCGUACAAGGCAUCAGGAUAUGUUCCCACAGGAGAAAGGAAUGCGACACAAGCGGCGUCAUCAUCAAUGCCGGGUACAGAGAAACCAGCGGAAGUGGUACAGGAGAUUGCUGAUACCAAGAAGUCAUCCCACGCAGAUGCGAUCGAGGAUUCUCUGGAGGAUGGAGAGGUGGUUAAGCAGAUGGAAAAAGAGAUGACUGAUGGUGGUGGAAAACCAAACAAGAUGGUGAGGAAAAGUUUAAUGUUUGAGGAUGAAACCUUAGUGGAGCAUGAAGCGAUGGUCAAUACUCUUAGAGACCAGCGGGAAGGAGUUACAGCCGAUAUGACUGGUGCAGCCGAUAUGAUAAAUGAGCUAAUGACGGAUGCUGAUAUUGAGGUUCCAAAUCUUGGUCUUAUGGACAAUAUUUUGGAGAUGGAAGGAACACAAAUGCAGGAACUGUUCUUGGAUAUGGAAUUGGAGGCAUCGCAACAGAUGCUAAGUGAUGAACAUUUCUUGGUGGAAAAGGGAGAGAGAGGGGAGGUAGGAAAGGAGAGUACAGAGAUAAAGGCAUGUGAAACAGAAAAAGUGGUUGAGGGUGAUAAGGAAGUUAUGGCGGAAGCAAAGAAGGCAGAGGGGAAGAAGAAGAUACUCAAAAAAACCACCAACCAGUUAGUUGGCGGCUCUAAGAAGCGCCUGGUGCAGGCACUGGUAUCUCCUCGGAAGAAACAUGUGGGUAAAAACAUUAACCGGAAAGGGGAAGGAGCAACAACAACUGCUUUUAAGGGACCAUCACUCCCGAGUAUGGAGCAGAAGCCAACAUCGGAGGUAGUAGAUGAGAGUACUUAG